AUGUCGGCUGGCGUUGUUGGGAAAGGCGAAGAGGCCCAAAACGUCAGCGGCACAACGUCUGUAUCAGCAGAACGGGCGAAGAACAUACUAAACGAGGGAGAGAAGCAGGAUGCAUUCAUUUCUUUCGACUUGGGAGAGGAUAGUAAAGGCUCUGCUUUAGAUCUCGCAAUCAUGACGAAGAUAAAACAAGAGCCUAUCGUGGUACAAACACAGAUCGAUUUGUUACACACAAGCGCAUGCAAUGGCUCAGGUGAAGCUGUCACGUUAGCAAGCGAGGGUUCAGGUGACAUGAUGAUAGAUAGGGAGGUCGAAGCUCGUACAACCGCCGGCGAACAGCAGCCACAAAUUAAUAUACCUGUUGCACUGAAGAGUGAACAACUCGAGUCGAGCUCUGCAUGUUUGCAGGAUAGUGCCAUACCUGUAGCAGAGAAGGCAGAUAAAGCUAUCGAUGAGGUUGGAGAAUUCGCACAUUCUAAAAGUGGAGCUGGAAGUUACAGUGCUAGUAUAAACACUGACAGUGCGAGUGGUCAGUCGAACCUUGGAGGUGUGAUUGCUGGGAGUAGGAGGGCUAGUGGUGGUAUAGUGGCUCAUAGAUCCAUUGCGACCAGUAUAUCUAUACAAAAUACAGUAGCGUCAGCAUCGGCGGAAAAGUUACGGCACCGGACACCAUCACAGAUGAAGCUCAGCGACAGUAAGCACAUUACAGCAAUCGCUAGAAAUGAUUCCAGCAGCAUCACUGGUCAGACGGGUUCACAUAUUGUACGUCGUGUGUCCAUGAUGUCACAAAAUUCCAGCGCGGGCUCACUAUCAAAGUACAAUCAGGAUGGAGGUGCGGAAUCUGUGACUACCAGAAGCAAAAUACAAGUGGGCGAAAAUCAUCAAGCUGACAUACCAAAGCUGGGAGAAAGAGAAGGUGUACCUAACGAACACGAGAAAGUAAUGAUGAAUCAGAUUUGGUCACCAAAUGAUUUUACAUCGGAAGAAUCUUUGAAUACGUUCCUGCGCUCACUCACUCCUCCUGUGGGGAAACUGAAACUCUCCCAAGCUUUUGCACUCUUGCAUCUAUGUGACGGAGAUACCACAAGAGCUGUUCAGAUCGCCCAAACACUCGCCCCCACGACCAAACCAUGGACCAAGUUGGAUGAGUCUUUGUUCAGCACAGGCAAUAGGAAAUUCGGGAAGGAUUUCAAUCGUAUCCAGCGCCAAUUUCUGCCAUCUCGAACAGUGAAGGAAAUAGUGCGGUAUUAUUAUCAAUGGAAACGCGACCUCAAACGCCAGAAGAUUGAUGCGGACCAUAACACAGAGUAUUUUGGCCGGGACAGGGGCAAUUUUCUGGGUUAUUCCGGGGCUAUCAUGAGGAAUUUCGUCGAUAGGGCUGAUACAACCCUGGCCUUCACCCCGUUGAUGGCUGAGAAUCUGCGCGCCCUCCACUUAGAGCAGAUUUUCAACAAGCAGAACAAUGUGGGUUCUGUAUCUGAUCUCAGCAUCUCAUGUUCAGCAGUGGAUGCGAGGGAUAAUGGAGAAGACACGAUCAUGGAAGAUGCCUUUCCUUCCAAAGCCGCACAGAAUCAGAACAGAGACAUGGUGGGAGGCGGCGAUGGCAUCAAAAUUGAGGCUUUACCUUAUUUAGCAUCGUCAGGUAGCAGUAGUGCACAACUAACUGCCGAUGUAAAACCCGUACUUGAUGUGUCUGGUGUUUUGUUUAACGCACCGGAUGUAAGCGUCGGUAGUACCGCCGUACAACCACCUCCAGAUCGGGAUGUUAUGAUGCAGAUCAACGAAGUUGGCCAAGACGGGUUACAAGGCCUUUUAACCCAGGCACUGGCGAACACACAGGUCGAUUCCAGCUCUGACAAAGAUGGUAUGCAAUUCUCUGCCGAGGGUGCCUGUAUAGAUAUGUCGGAGGGGAGGGGAGCCUUGGAGUUGAUGAAUCAAGCCGAUGCUCUGUCGUAUCGCAACCAAGCACCCGAGCGGCCAAGUGGAUGUCGAAGCGUUGACAGUAUCGCGCAGUUUAUGGUCAGAGCUGGCAGUCCGCGGCUGUGUGCAAUGGAUACACAGUCGCUUGGUACGCGCACACCUGUCUAUGUACAGGGCCUUCAACAGGAAGAUCCACACAGUUCACAGAAAGUAGAUCGAGCGAGUAGUCUGACGGAUCUUACUAGCCUCAUUUCCACCGGGAUGAAGUCUGCCAGUAAUCCGAUCGUAGCCACCGCCAGGCAACCUUUUACCACCGAUGACGCGGAUAUCGCACGACCUUGCGUUCGCGUCGCAAGUCAGAAUUCGGUCAUGAUGAAUGCGGAGCCGGCCGAAAACCCACUCGGUUCGAAUGAUGCUGAGAUGGCCAUUGAAUUAACCCAAAGCGAAUCAUUGCCGAGCGAUGCAAUGUAUACCAACCAAUCUCAUAGCUCCUUUGCUGCUCCUGCAUCAUCGGUACCUUCAAGUCUGCGGGCUGGUAUUUCAGAUUCAGGUCCCGCAUCGAUGCCCGAAUUGGGGUCUAUGAUGCAAAUGGGGCAGAAUUCGAUCCACGCGGCAGGUGUAUCACAGCAAUCACAGCAGCAGUAUGCGGCAGUGGAAAGCUCACAGUCAAAAACGAAUGUCUUGCAGACCCAGCACUCACAGCCAUCUACACCAACAGACAUACCUCGGCAACCAGUAGAAACACUUUCAAACCAAGCGCAGCAGUCGCAGGCAAUGACAAUGGCCGCCUCAACUACCGCACCAGUAGCCACGACCGGUCGCAAUGCGGCGAUGCUCGAAGCUAUGUCUGAAGUCAGCAACAAAGCUUUAGCUGCAGCCAGUGCAUCUGUACCAGUUGUUGCGGCAAUGUCGGUCCCCGAUGCCCUCGCAGCAGCAGCUGCUGCGGUCGCAGUGCUGCCAGUGGUCGGAGAUACGAUACAAAUGCCGCCCCAAUUGACGCGCGACGAUUUGGCGGAGCUCACCCCCACAGCUAUCACGAUAAAGAAAAGACAAGCGGCUGCAGCGGAAUUGGCCACUCAGAACGGCACGCAAGCAACGGCUGAGGGCGCUACCACGGAUGCCCCAGGCUCCAAACCAAAGACCAAGAGAAAGAAGAGCAAGAUGGACGGAGUCGACGACCGAGUGUGCGCAGUUUGUACAACGACGAAAACCACCCUUUGGAGGAGAGGUCCCGAAAGGUCGACAGUGUGCAACGCCUGUGGCAUCCGCUACCGUCAAGAGCUGAAGGCGAAAACACAAGCACAACAACAGGCACAAAUGCAGAUGCAGAUGCAAAUGCAAAUGCAAUUGCAGAUGCAGCUGCAAAUGCAAUUGAAUGCUGGCGGUGCUCAACCAAUGGCAGCAGCUGCUACCCACCCUGUCGCGAGUACACAGCAGGCAAUUGAUAUGAGCGCGCCCGGGGCUCCAAGCAUAUUCCCUGCAGACGGGGGUAUGACAGCCCCAAGCCUUAGCCAGGCUGUCACUGAUAUACAGCCAACAGCGGGAACUUUUACAGCCUCUGCACCAGAAAGUACGAAGAAUUCAAGCAAUGUAUCGCCGCAGGAGAAGGCAACGUCAUCGGACAGGAUGGACACUAGCGGGUUGGAUACAUGUAGCGCAGCGCAACAGCAGGCCCAAACGAUGCCGGCCGCGAGUUUGCUUGCCAAUAUUAUGCCCGGUAGUAUUACCAGCAACGUCGUGGGUCCGAAAAGACAACUGAAGGCUGCGUCCUCUUUAUCGACCAGCAGGCCCCGCGCAGCCAAGACUAUCCAGUCACAGCUUCAACAGCAACCCCAGCAACAGCUUCUAGCAAAGCACCAACGCCAGUCUAGUGCGACACGGAAUAUGGCUUCCGUUCCCAAACAAGGUUUGCAAGGCAAUCCCGAACUCGUCUCAAACGAUAACAAUAUAGGGAUGCCCCUUGCUAGUAAACGUACGUCUCAGGGGCACUUGGAAGUCCAACCGUCUCUGUUCUCCAACAGUGCUUCCCCGCAGAUUAGUAUGAUGAACACGGUCAUGAAUGAUUCAUUACCAUUGUCCGGAUCCGCUGUUUCCGGGAUGCACUCAGACGGCGCGGAUGAGAUGCUGAUGGAUGCAGAAUUUGCGGAAAACAGCAAGAAACAACAAUCCAGCCAACAGCAUACACAACAACAGGUUCAGCAGCCUCAACUGCAACAGCAAGAAGCGUUGGAACGGCAGCAGCAACAACAACAACAGCAACUGCAGCAGCUGCAACUACAGCAUGAGGAACAGCAGCAACUACAGCAGCAGCUAGAGAAACAGCAGCAAUUACAGUUGCAACAGCAACAGUUGCAACAGCAGCAGCAGAGGCCACAGCAACAGCAGCAGCAGCAGCAACGGCAGCAACAGCUACAGCUACAGCAGCAACAACAACAACAACAACAACAGCUACAGCAACAACAACAGCAACAGCUGCAGCAACAACCGCAUGAUAUACAAAUGCAGCAGUCGCAACAGCCGCAACAGCAGCCACAGCUGCAGUCGCAACAGCCGCAACAGCAGCCACAGCAGCAGUCGCAACAGCAGCCACAGCAGCAGUCGCAACAGCAGCCACAGCAGCAGUCGCAACAGCAGCCACAGCAGCAGUCGCAGCAGCAGCCACAGCAGCAGUCGCAACAGCAGCCACAGCAGCAGCAACAGUCGCAAUCACAGCUGCAGCCACAUCAACAACAACAACAUCAGGGUCAACAUCAAGAAGGUGAGCAAAAUUUGCUGUCGUCGCAGCAGUCUUCGGAGAGUCUUCGAGCUUCAGAUCCAAACAAUCCUGUUUAUAAUAACAGCAGUCUCAGAUUGCUAAACCUCAGCGAGCUGCACCUCACUACAUCUGACGGAAUGUCACCCGCCCCUGGACUAACCAACCCUGGCUCCGGAAACAAUUUAUCUUCAAACACAGCUUCACAACAAUGGCAGAUGCAACAGCAGGCCAUACAGCAGCAGAUACAGCUGCAACACGUGCAGUUGCAGCAACAGCAGGUCUUACAGGAGCAGAUGCAACAGAAGAAAAAGUUGUGGGAGCAGCAGAUGCAGCAUGAGCAGAAGCAGAAGGAGUUGGAUGAGUUACAGAAUCAAUUGAACGAACAACAGGACAAGUUGAAACAGCAGCAGCAUCGGCUCGAGGAGCAGAAGAAAAAUUGGCAGAGGACUGUGAGUGCGAAUUCGUCGAAUGGAGAUCUCAGAGACCCUUUGAAUCCCCCAUUGGAUCGCAAACGGCCGCGCACGCCCAGUGGUGCAUCCCUGGCUUUGUCGGAGAGUCAAAGCACCAGUAAUCUCGGAUUGGUCGGUGACGUGGGUAGUAUGAAAAUUCGGGGGCCUAAUGCUCAAAAUAUGGACACGAUUAGGGCCACUCUCAACAGCAUGGAUAGCAGCGGUUCUGCUUCGGAUUUGCGAAUCUUCGACUCAACAAGUAGUGGAGAACCUAGACCUGGAGCCGCACGUGAUUUAUCGGCGGCAGGCGAUGGAGGCGGUCAGAAAACGGAGCUGCACCCGCGUGUUAUUAAAUCCGGGAGCGGAGGAACUAGCAAUGGAGGUAGAAAGAAUCAACGGAAAGAGUCUCCUAUUCCAUCGCUAGCCUCACACAGUUCGACCCCGAUACUCCCCCAUGGCUCGCUAGAGCGUACAAUGGACGAUCGAGUUAUGUCCAGUGGGAUGCCGAGACAACCGUCCAGCGUAAAUUUACCCCAGGGGAUUUCACCUCUGCAACAACAAAGUGGCCAGCUGAUGCAUCACCAAUCAGGCCCUGUCACACCUGCCGCCGUAAGUGGAGGGUCCGGCCAGUUUGGGUUUGGCCAGUCGUUGACAAGCUUCUCGCCUAUUACGCGCCACCAGACACUGCCACAGUCGAAUCUAAGUACCGCUAAUGCGGUCACCAUGCCAUCAAUGUCGGGUCAUUCACCUCAGCAGAGUUUGUCGGGCGGCAUGCCUGCCUGGCAGCAGGGACAGGGGAAAGAUGACGAGGUCGACAACUUUCUGCGGUCUCUGGUAGUAGUCAGCGAAAGUGUUCAACCGAUGACACAGUCACAUUCACAGGAUGAGGCCACUCAGAAGCACGGUUCAGCAGGCGGUUCUGAAGCCCAGGCUCCUCAAAACCAGGCUCAAGCUCAGACCCAAGCUCAAGCCCAGAAUCAAACACAAGCACUAUCGCAUGCCCAGGCACAAGCCCAUACCCAAGCUCAAGCACAAGCACACGCCCAAGCUCAGAUUCAGGGUCAGGGUCUGGGUCUGGGACAGGGACAAGGACAGGGACAUGGGCAAGGCCAAGGUCAGGGUCAGGGUCAGGGCCAUGGUCAGAGUCAGGGCCAUGGUCAGAGUCAGGGCCAUGGUCAUGGCCAUGGCCAUGGUCAUGGUCAGGGUCAGGGUCAGGGUCAGGGUCAGAGUCAGGGUCAGAGUCAGGGUCAGAGUCAGGGUCAGAGUCAGGGUCAGAGUCAGGGUCAGAGUCAGGGUCAGAGUCAGGGUCAGAGUCAGGGUCAGGGUCAGGGUCAGAGUCAGGGACAGGUACGUGGACAUGGUCAUGGACAGGGUCAGGGUCAGAGUCAUGCGCCGACGCAGACCCACGUCCAGCUUCAAGCUCAGCAUGCACAACAAGCACAGCAUGCUCAACAGGCGCAAAUGCAGCAGGCGCAACAGGCACAGCAAGCCCAAAUGCAGCAGGCGCAACACGCACAGCAGGCACAGCAGACUCAGCAGGUUCAGCAGACUCAACAGGCUCAGCAGGCUCAACAGGCUCACAUGACACAACAAGCACAACAAGCGCAACAGUCACACCACGCGCAGCAGGCUCAGCUGACCAGCCAAGCACACGCACAGGCGAUGCACGCCCAACAGCAAGCUCAGCAAGCCCAGCUUUCACAGCAAGUUCAAAGGCCGCCGGGGAUCCCGGCGCAACAACCUCAACCUCAAGCCACCGCGGCACCGCAGACUCAAGCUCAGAUGAAGAAAGGGCAUAAAGGGAGAGCAAAGGCCGCGAAAACGCAAACCAAAACACAAUUGACGAAGACGAAGAAGCAAAAUCAGGCACAGAAUCAGGCCCAGGCGCAAGUCCAGGCGCAAGCUCAGGCUCAGGCCCAGGCGCAAGGCCAGGCUCAAGCACAAGCGGCCCAGGCCCAGGCUCAUGCUCAGGCUCAGGCUCAGGCUCAGGCUCAGGCUCAGGCUCAGGCUCAGGCUCAGGCUCAGGCUCAGGCUCAGGCUCAGGCUCAGGCUCAGGCUCAGGCUCAGGCUCAGGCUCAGGCCAGCNGCCAGCUCAGGCUCAGGCCNCACGGACUACGACGGCGUACGACGGCCGUACGACGGCCUACGACGCUCAGCUCAGCUCAGCUCAGCUCAGCUCAGCUCAGGCUCAGCUCAGGCUCAGCUCAGGCUCAGGCUCAGGCUCAGGCCCAGGUCCAGGCCCAGGCUCAGGCUCAGGCUCAGGCUCAGGCUCAGGCUCAGGCUCAGGCCCAGGUCCAGGCUCAGGCUCAGGCUCAGGCUCAGGCUCAGGCUCAGGCUCAGGCUCAGGCUCAGGCUCAGGCUCAGGCUCAGGCUCAGGCUCAGGCUCAGGCUCAGGCUCAGGCUCAGGCUCAGGCUCAGGCUCAGGCUCAGGCUCAGGCUCAGGCUCAAGCUCAUGCUCAGGCUCAGGCUCAGGCUCAUGCUCAGGUUCAAGCCCAAGUCCAAGCUUCUCAAAAUCAAAAUCAGGCUCAGGCACAGACGCAAGCUUUCAAUCAAGGCCAAGGCCAAUCGCAAUCGGGAGAUAAUUCGAGGACACACUCAAAGCCGACAUCACUAUCCCAUUCUCCCGUGCAGUCCAGUGUACAGCAACCUAUAAGUCAGGCAACACAGCAACCACUUCAGUCCCAGAUGCAGAUGAAUCACCCGCAAACUCAAGGGCCGCAGCGAUUGUCACAGCCCGUUCAUCGUAGUGCCAUACAAACCAAAAUGCAGUGGAUGCAACAAGGAACCGAAGGGAUCUUUGUGGAGCAGCAAACCGCAAUCAUGACUCAAAUGACGGCGAGUACAUCGACUAACCAAUUUCCGCCGAAUGCACGCGACUUUGGGAAUCAUAUGCCUCCAGGUCACUUGCAGCAGCACACUUUCCAGCAACAGCUCAUGCAUCAAGCUGGUGAUCCUGCCGCCGGGAGAGGCGCGAUGACGCUCCAGCAACAACAGCAGCAGCUGCAAUUGCAGUUGCAGCAUCACCAACAGAUGGAAAUGCAGCGCACAUUGGAAAGCCAACAGUUGUCCCAACAAAGGAUGGAUAUGGGACACUUUUACCUACCGGACCAGUCUUCGCUUCAACCAUCGCUUCUGCCCGCGCAAAAUCAGCAACAGCUCAUGACGGGGGGCCCACUCACUCAACCGUCGCUGCAACGUCAAACGAGUCACGGCACUGCGCCGCAGAUUCUGUCACGGACCAAUACCCCACGCCCCGAUGUUGUAAACUCGGCGCAUCCCAUGAAUGGGCCACUGCCUAUGUCACUGCCACCGAUGCAAGGUGCGCCCGCACUGCCGAGUAUGGCGUCGCCUUCGGUUGCAAAACGUGGAGAUACACGAUCAGCAUCUCUUGCAUCGAAUAUCUCUAUAGAGCAGGUAAAUAUGAACUCCAUGAACGUAGAUCAACAUCAAUUGCAAAUGCUACCGAAGCAGCCGUCGCCACCGCCGGCGUUGCCCGUAUCACAACAACAGGCACCGCCCCAGCCACAACAACCUCAACAACAGCUGCAGCAUCAGCAACAACAUCAUCAACAACAGCAGCAACAACAACAACAACAACAGCAACAACAACAGCAGCAGCAACACCACCAACAACAAAAUCGACAGCAGCAACAUAUGCAACAACAACAACACCAGCAACAACAUAUUAUGCAACAACACAAUCAUCAACAACACCAGCAACAACAUCAGCAACAACACCAGCAGCAACAGUACCAGGAGCAACAGCGGCAGCAGCAACAGCAAGAUUUGCAACAGCAACAGCUACAGCAGCAAUUAGAUGGUGCUGCAAGUGAUACCAAUUCAAGGAUAGAGGAACCACACAGAGCUUCCAGUGAGAAAGUCGGUGGUCAACUACAGGAACAGCUGCAACUUCAGCAGCAACAUCAAAGGCAAAGGCAUCAGCCUCCUGGACAGCCAAUGUUACAAGAUAUACAAAAAGGGAUGCUGAGUGAUCCUUCAGCAAUGCCUAUGGGGAUGCCGUCCCAUUCAGUGAGCGCUUUGAACUCAUUGAACACCGAUAACAUGGCGAUGUUCGGCACUUCAUUAAUGGGACAAGCGUCACAUUCUAUGGAUCAAGCAUCCAACCUCGAUAUGGACACAGGGUUCCCUGGAAGUAUGCCCGACGAUUUGCUUCCCGAAUCAUUAAUGGGUCUUAUGCCCGGCGCAUCUGGCAAUGGUGCGAUGUCGGGGCCCACUACGGUCAUAUCUCCAGACCUUCAGCAGGAGAUACUGCGUCAACAGCAAUUGAGGCAGCAUAUGAGCCAGGUGAUGGACAGCCAGUCAUUGCCGGUUCAAAGUGGUUCUGGCGGCAACCAUAUGACGGGAUCUUCAACUCCACAUAAUACGCUGGGUUCUCUUGGUAGGUUCAAAGGUUUGAUUGUUAUACCGGCUUUGUUUCGUGAGCUAUCGAGAUAUAUGGGAGGAGGACAAGUUAGCAAAGCAGCGCGUUCUAAAACUUAG